UGAAGUUUACGACAAGCGAUAUUGAGGCGGUGUGGUUUGCUAGUUGUGUACUACAGACAGAUAAGAAGACGCAGGAAGCGGCCAAAUGUUCGGGAAAAUCAGGCCUUUUAAAAUCAGGAGUCUCAACGACAACAAAAAGUACGGAGUAGCAGCGGGAGAUAUCAAGGAGUUGCUUAAAAAGGGGUGCAACUUGUUACAGUGGCUACGUUCGUACCGGAUAAUCCGCCCGCACCGGCCGGUUCGCCGCAGCGUAUUCGGGGCCUGGUUCUGCUCACGCCGUGGGGAACCGCUUGAGAAACCGGGGUGUUCGCCGGAGGUCCUGAAGCUGGGGAACCAGGCUCUGCCCGCCCCGCCAACGGCGAGGCAGAGGCAGCCUGCCAGACCGGCCAGAGCGGCGGGCUACGUCGGAAGACGGCUACUUGCAGACUAUUGGUCUCCAGUCGUGCCGUUGCCACUUUCUGGCGCCCACGUCUGUUUGUACGCAGAUGGCACAAAGGUGACUAAAGAAUUCUUUGUGACAUUGCCCGAAAACACAGAAUUGGUUCUCCUGGGCAAAUCUCAGACAUGGGGCGGAGUGACACCUUCUGAAAAGGAUAUAUCGAUUCUUGCCAUUUGCGACGUCGCUCGUUUGCUGAGCUCGGACAGUCACGCCGAUGACCUCAUCCAAGUGGCCAAGGGCCUCCUCUCAGAUGAGAAGUCUCUCAAGAGGCAAAAAAUCCUCAGCGACCUUAUCAGGAACCUGGAGGACACUUCAGAGCUCGAGAGCAGAGAUGAGGACCAGGACUGGUUUACAGGUGUGGCGGCUCGCUUUAAGACCAAGUCUGCCUACUUGAAGGACAACUGUGCCAGCAGGAUAAGAAGCUACAAGAAGGAGUUGGACGAAGCCGUCAGAUCUGAACGCAGAGCUCAAAUCCGAAUCAAGUGUUUGCAAGCGUCGGAGAAACUCACACAGAUGCUCAGGUCGGACAAAAACAUUGGCUGCUACUUCGACCGAACUCAAAAGGAGAUGCAGCGACUUUGCACUCGGGAAGGCUGGUUCACCUGCCAGGGCUCCUUCGACCAGGCAAAGUGCCUGUCGCUUCACUCCAUCAACCCGUACGGCAGCAGAGAACGGCGAAUCUUGUUCAGCACCUGGAAUCUGGAUCACAGGAUUGAAAAAAAGCGAAGCGUCAUUCCCGCCCUCCUGGAAGCGCUGCACAAUCACAAAUGUGAAGACGUCAAUUUGGAUUACUUCUACCGACUGCUGUUCACCUGGGAUAACUUGAAGCUGGUCCACAUUGUGUGCCACAAGAAGGAAGCUCACAACUUGCAAUGUGAUCCCCAGCAAAUCUUGAAAGCUGACAACAAGAAGCGCCACAGAAAGAAGAUGCGCUUGAAAUAAUUUUCGAUUAACAACCGAAUCACCUCCUGUUUGGGUCACUUCCUGUUGAUUUUGCGCCAUUUCCAGGGUACUUCCUGUUCAUGUUUGAUUAUUUCUUGUUGAUUUUAGGCCAUUUUUGGGCCCCUGCCCGUUCAUUCUCAGGUUACUUCCUUUUGAUUUGGGGGCCACUUCCUUGUAAUUUUAGUAUAUUCAGGUCACUUCCUGUAUAUUUUGGAGCAUUUCCCUGUUGAUAUAUAGGCAUGUUUGGGCAAUUCCUGUUCGUUGGUCACUUCCUGUACAUUUUGGAUUAUUUCCGUACUAGUUAAGCGUAGAAGAAGAAGAAGUGGGCGUCUGGGCGAGAAAAUGGGAAGCAGCAAAGCAAGGUGUUGAGAGAGAGAGUUGUGCGGAGAGCACCGUGAAAAGUGGCUGUUUCCCAUGCUGGUUUUUGUUUCGUUAAUAAAAGUCUCCAGCAAAAUGCCAUCUAACCCGUCACAGUGUUUUUAUACACAUCACCACCUCUCCAAAGUAAGCACCCGACGAAUCGACGACAAAGAGCCACGUUAGUCUCCGGUCCACGGCACAUUUCGGAGCGGAGUUGAAAGGACUGCAAUUACCAAAAAGUACAGCUUGGUAACACAGUGUACUUCCGCCAACUCUCUGAUUGGUUGGCUUCGUGACACGUUAGUAGCGUGGGCUGAAUUGAGCGCACAGAGAAAAAAAUCCGACAAGCACAGGAGUCGAGAAAUUGAGGAAGAUUUGGAGGUGUGCUCAAAAUCCAUUAUUGUUCGCAUAUAACGCUUUCGGCAGAGGGGAUGGAGGGGUGCUCCGGUAAUGGCCCUAAAUAACGGCGCGCAACUGAAAAUUCCUUAAUUCCAGAUAAAAAGGCGCAUUUAUUUUAUUUUGCCAUGCGCUCAUGUGUCACUGGUUAACCCUUCGCAUGUCAGUGCUGACAUGCGUGUCAUAGUUUGCAAACCCCUACCCUAUAUUAUGCUUCUUUUCCUUAAACUAUGGCGUAAGUGCUAUUUAUUUUAUAUUGGGUGUGUGUUUGGGUCACUUCCUGUAGAUUUCGGGUCACUUCCUGUACAUUUUGGAGUAUUUCAGUUUCCCCUUCCUGUACAUUUUCUAUCAUUUCAUUUUGAUUUUUGGGCAUUUCCAGGCCACUUUGUGUUGAUUUUGGUUUACUUCCUUGUAAUAUUAGGGAAUUUCAAGCUAUUUGCUUUUUAUUGAUUUUAUUUCUUGUUUCAAUUGUCUUUGUUUUAACUUUCUUUUGAUUGAAAGGGAUUUUUACAAAUCAUUUUAUCUCUGCUCGUGUGAAUCUUCCUGUGAUGUAAAGCACUUUGACUUGCCUUGUGUUAAAUUGUGCUAUACAAAUAAAUUUGCCUUGCGGGCCACUUCCUGCUCAUUGGUCACUUCCUGUUGAAUUUGGGUCACUUUCUUGUACUUUUAGGGUACCUAUGGGUGACGUCCUGCACAUUUGGGAGUAUCUCAGUGUCACUUCCUGUACAUUUUGGACCAUUUCCCUUUGAUUUUAUGGCAUUUUCGGGCCACUUUCUGCUCAUUGGUCACAUCAUGUUGAUUUUCGGGCAUUUCCAUGUUACAUUCUGUUGAUUUUUUUUGUGUCACUUCCUUGUGAUUUUAGGGUACUGCAGGUCAAUUCAUGUACAUCUUGCGGUAUCUCAGUGUCAUUUCCUGUACAUUAUGGACCAUUUCCCUUUGAUAUAGACCCUACCCACGUGACGUCACAACUCCGCUCUCCUGAAUGGUACCGCCCACUUGUCCGUCAAAACAUAGUGUUAACCUGUUACGGCUACGUACAUUUCUCCUAUUUACGGCGUGUUUUUCUGCUCCUUAACAUUAAUAAUCAAAAUGGUGAAGGCGUGUGUGGCUGUUGGUUGCACUAACAGAGAAGAUGGAAGGAGAGACUUGAAGUUUUACCGUAUUCCGAGGGAUCCAAAGAGAGCGAAAUGGACGGCUGCAAUUCGACGUGAAAACUGGGCACCAAAAAAUCACCACAGACUAUGUAGUAGUCAUUUUAUAUCCGGUAAGAUGCAUUUAAGAUAUACUUAGAGGGUUAUGGGCUGACAAAUAACCACAAUUAAGAUCAUUGCGAGGCUAAUCGCCGACAACAUACGACGUAGUACGACAUAGUUUCAAAUUCAAGAUGUUUGUGACUUCCCUUUCUUCCACCAUCGUUAUUUUUUGAAUAAUAUUUAGCUGGUACCAAGUGAAAGAAACUGGCCUCGUCUACGGGGCUGACAAAUAACCACAAUUAACAUCAUUGCGAGGCUAAUUGCUGACAACAUACGACUUAGUACGACAUAGUUUCAAAUUCAAGAUGUUUGUGACUUCCCUUUCUUCCACCAUCGUUAUUUUUUUAAUAAUAUUUAGCUGGUACCAAGUGAAAGAAACUGGCCUCGUCUACGGGGCUGACAAAUAACCACAAUUAAGAUCAUUGCUAGGCUAAUCGCCGACAACAUACACGUAUGUAUGUAGUGAGAGUGCUAUCGCUAAACCAUAUAAACAUUAAAAGCCUUAACUCCAUUGACAAACGACAUGAAAUACAUUAGACUUGACAGUAGAUGUUAGCAAUAACAAAAGAUUUUGAAUUGAAAAUUUCGUAACUCACCUUUCCAAGCACAAGAUAGAUUCCUGCCGAAUUUUCGUGGACGAGGACCUGUUUGACCCAACCAGCAACGAAGUAUUUAUAAGCCUCCAAGCUCUUGAAGUUUUUCAUAUUUUCGUGAGAAUAGGCUGAUUUAGUGUGGACAAGAUAAUUGUAAAUAUCUGCGUAGCAGAUGUCAGGCAGACAGGGCGAAGACAGUGGGUCGAAAAACAUCGAUUUGGGCAUCAAAUAUGGAUCUGGCGACUGUAUAGAACGAAGCUUUUCCUCAUAACGCCUUUUAUGCAACAGAUCCAGUGAGUUUGCGGCAUCAGAAAGCACCGGGUCUUCCAUGAAAUGCAUUUUAAAUUCCGCCAUCAAUUGAAAACAAUGCUAAUACAGAGUCAAAAUGACGGACAAGUGGGCGGAACCAUACAGCGAGCACGUGGUUUUGUGACGUAGGUGGGUAGGGUCUAUUGGGGCAUUUGCUAACCACUCCCUCUUCACUUGUCACUUCCUGUUGAUAUUCAGGUAUUUCCAGGUUCCAUCCUAUUGAUUUUGGGUCACUUCCUUGUAAUUUUAGGGUACUUGCCGGUCACUUCCUGUACAUUUUGGGGUAUCUCAAUGUUACUUCCUGUACAUUUUGGAUAUUUCCUGUUGAUUUUAUGGCAAAAAUCACUUCAAUUUUGUUAUGUGUAAAGAAA